AUGCUAAGUUGUUGUUUCCCACCUCUUCGAAUGUGUCUUGAGUGUGUACAAGGACCUAGUUUUACGGCCACACAAAGCUAUGCUCAAUUUCAUGAUGAACUUCAAACUAUACGACUUGACACCUCUCACAUGGGUGAUGAUGUUGUCUUAUUGAAAAAUGGUCAGCGAAUCUGCGGCACUGGCGGUGCAUUGGCUACUGCACCAAUCGUUCAGAAUAAAGCUUACUUUCAAGUCAGUGUUCAACAAUCUGGUAUUUGGGGUAUUGGCGUGGGCAAUCGAACGGUGGAUUUAAACACGAUACCGAUAUCGAAAAAUAGUUGGAUGUUGAGGCAUACUGGUGAGGUGGUUUGUAAUGAACAAGUUAUCGAUAAAUUGCUGGAACCUGUCGAAGAGGGAGAUUGCAUUGGUGUUGCAUUCGAUCACGUCGACUUGAAAUUCUACAAAAAUGGAGUUCAGUUGCCCGUUUCGAUAUCGAACGUAAAAGGCCAGGUAUUCCCUCUGGUGUACGUUGACGACAGUGCCAUACUCGAUGUAACCUUCAGGCUGUUCUCUUAUAACGCUCCGCCUGGUUAUGAAGAAAUUAUGCUCGAACAAACAUUGCUUUGA